CGUCGUUAUAUUUAGUAAACCAAUCCCAUCUCUCGACUCCGAUUCUCCGAUCACUAAAAACGUUUUCAUCUAGACGGCUAGGCACACAAGCACCGGUUGUCGGUAAAAGUUGCUCCCGGUGUAUAGAAACAUUCAGUCAGGUAGUCGGCAUCUAAAUCUAAUUAAAAAAAAUAAAUAUACAUAUUUAAAUGUCGUUGAUAAGGAAAAUCGUCGUCAAGGAAUGCAACAAACGGCUGUUCGCGCCUAUCUCGAGCACAUAUCGAAACGGUUACGCCACUGACUGUAAAAACGGGAUACUCGCUUCCGGCUUACAAGAUAUCGAGAUACCGAGAAUAUCUUUGAGUGAUUACGUUUUCGAAAAUGUGGGGAAAUGGGAGAAAUGCGUCGCUAUUGAAUGUGGAGUAACUGGUAGAAAAUACACCUACGGCCAAAUCAGAACGAAAUCAAAAAACUUUGGCGCAGCACUUCGAAAGAAAUUUAAACUAGAAAAAAACGAUGUAAUUGCCGUAUUGUUACCAAAUGUACCUGAGUUCCCCAUUGUAACAUUGGGAGCCUUAAGAGCUGGCUUUAUUUGUACUACCGUGAAUCCUAUUUACACACCAGAGGAAGUUUCGAGACAAUUGGUAGAUUCAUCAGUGAAAAUUAUUAUCACUUUAAACGAAUUAUGGCCGCUAGCUGACGCUGCUGCCAAUUUAGCGAGAAGAAAAUUACCAAUUGUUACCAUCGCCUCAAUGCAAGGCCAAGCAACUCCGAAAGGAGCAGCGAACUUCGCAGAGCUUGCAGACAACGAAAAUGACAUUCCAAACGUUUCGAUAGCUGCCGAAGAUUUAGCAUUCCUUCCGUAUUCAAGCGGCACUACCGGCUUGCCCAAAGGUGUUCAACUCACCAAUUAUAAUAUCGUUACAAAUUCUAUGCAGUUGGAGCACCCAGAAGUACAAGUUAGCCGCACUAAUACACCUGAUCAUCAAGACAUCACUACGGCGGUGUUGCCAUUCUUCCACAUUUAUGGCUUUACGGUGCUGUGCAUAUUUCAGCUUAGAAUAGGUGCAAAAAUUGUAACGCUGCCAAAAUUUACACCGGAAUUAUAUAUUGAUAGCCUAAAAAAACACAAACCACACAUGCUUUACUUAGCACCACCUAUCGCCAUUUUUCUGGCAAAAUUUCCAUACAUUAGCAGCGAAGAUUUCUGCAGUGUCAGAGGGAUUGUUAACGGAGCUGCAUCAUUAGGACCUUUGGACGCCUCAAAAUUGGUAGAAAAGAUAAAACGGGACGUACCAAUUUUACAAGGUUAUGGCUUGACAGAAACCUCUCCGACUGUCACAUCGACCCGCCUAUCCGACUACUACAAAGAAGAAUGUAAGGGUUCGAUUGGCCUGCCCUUGCCGAACACCACUGUAAAAGUGAUAAACCCCGAAGACGCUUCGGGGACGCCGCUGGGUCCGAACCAGCUCGGAGAAUUAUUGGUAAAAGGUCCGCAAGUCACCAAAGGGUAUCUGAAUAGACCGGAAGAAACUGAAAAAAUGUUCUUGGACGGAUGGAUGAGGACCGGGGACAUGAUGUAUUACAACGAGAAAGGAUUCUUGUUCGUCAAGGAUAGAUUAAAGGAGUUGAUCAAGGUCAAGGGUUAUCAGGUAGCUCCCGCCGAGCUAGAAGAAAUCAUCAGGGACUUCCCGGACGUCGUAGAUGCCGCUGUGAUCGGCAUACCUCACCAAAUUUACGGGGAAUCCCCUAGAGCGUACAUAGUCCCCAGGGUGGAUAGCAAAAUCGACGUAAAGAAACUAAACGAUUAUGUAAACAGUAAAGUCGCCCCUUACAAGCAAUUAAAAGGGGGCAUAAGUGUCGUCGACAGUAUUCCUAAAAACGCUAGCGGGAAAAUAUUGAGGAGGCAGUUGAAAGUGAUGUUUGAGAAAGAGA